UAAACAGAACAAGAUGGCGGAGGAGAGCGGUCUGAAGAAACGGAAUCAUUUCGGACAAAAUUGCACUAGCAACGUGUCUGACGAAGGUGUGAGCGGUGUGCAGGAUGUCCCCCUGUCCCGGACGGAGGAGGAGCCGCUGCUGAACGGCACGGACGAGCCCAUGGAGGCCCCGGCCCGGCCCGUCCAGAUCGUGCUGGCCCACGAGGACGAGCACAACUUUGAGCUGGACGAGGAGGCCCUAGAGCGGGUCCUCCUGCAGGAUCACGUGCGUGACCUCAACGUGGUGGUGGUGUCCGUGGCCGGGGCCUUCCGGAAGGGCAAAUCCUUCCUGCUGGACUUCAUGCUCAGAUACAUGUACAACAAGAACUCUGAGUCAUGGCUGGGGGGGAAUGAGGAACCCCUGACUGGCUUCACAUGGAGAGGGGGCUGUGAGAGGGAGACCACGGGGAUACAGGUGUGGAGUGACGUGUUUGUGGUGGACAAGCCCGACGGGAGCAAGGUUGCGGUUCUUUUAAUUGAUACUCAGGGGGCCUUUGACAGUCAGUCAACCAUCAAAGACUGUGCGACUGUGUUCGCACUGAGCACCAUGACCAGUUCUGUACAGGUGUAUAAUUUGUCUCAGAACAUACAGGAGGAUGAUCUUCAGCACCUUCAGCUCUUCACAGAAUACGGCCGACUCGCCAUGGAGGAAAUCUAUCGCAAGCCCUUCCAGACGCUCAUGUUUCUAAUCAGAGACUGGAGCUACCCCUACGAGCAUCGUUACGGCAUAGAGGGGGGCAACAGGUUCCUGGAGAGGAGGCUGCAGGUGAAGCAGAACCAGCACGAGGAGCUGCAGAACGUCAGGAAGCACAUCCACUCCUGCUUCUCCAGCAUCGGCUGCUUCCUGCUGCCGCACCCCGGCCUCAAAGUCGCCACCAACCCCAACUUUGACGGGAGAUUGAAAGACAUUGAUGAUGAAUUCAAGAAGGAGCUGGAGAAUCUUGUGCCUUUGCUUCUGUCCCCUGAGAACCUGGUGGAGAAGGAAAUCGGUGGCUCCAAAGUGACCUGCAGAGAUCUCGUGGAGUACUUCAAAGCCUAUAUAAAAAUAUAUCAAGGAGAGGAGCUACCUCACCCCAAGUCUAUGCUACAGGCAACCGCUGAAGCCAACAACCUCACUGCUGUUGCAGGAGCGAAAGACUCGUACAGCAAAAGCAUGGAGCAGGUGUGCGGAGGAGACAAGCCUUACAUCGCCCCCUCGGACCUGGAGCGCUGCCACGAGGAACUGAAGCAGUGCUCCGUCCGCCAGUUCCGCGCCGUCAAGAAGAUGGGCGGGGAGGAGUUCUGCCGCCGCUACGAGGAGCAGCUGGAGGAGGAGCUGGACGAGGCCUAUGCAAACUUCGUCAAGCACAACGACGGCAAGAACAUUUUCUAUGCCGCCCGCACGCCAGCCACCCUCUUCGCCGUCAUGUUCGCCAUGUACAUCGUCGCCGGAGUGACCGGCUUCAUUGGCCUGACUUCUAUAGCCGGCCUCUGCAACUUUGUCAUGGGCGUGGCGCUGCUGUCCCUCUGCACCUGGGCCUACGUUAAAUACUCAGGGGAGUACCGAGAACUGGGCAGCCUCGUCGAUCUAGUGGCGGAAACCCUAUGGGAACAGGUGCUGAAGCCGUUGAGCGAUCACUAUAUGGAGGAUAACAUUAGACAGACUGUGGCAAACUCCAUCAAAGCCAGUCUGACCGAGCAGAGCUCGCAGCACAGCAAGUUAAAGGCGCACUGACUUCACGUACUGAGCGUACUUAGUCAGUAGACUGCGGAACCAAAGUUUACACCUUUCUGCUCUAGUUAGUCCAGCUGGCUUCUCUUCGCCGAAUACCGCUGCCCCUCUGGAAGACACUGCAAGAGGUUCACUAGGGCGUAUGCCUUCCCCUUCUCUCUAAUCAGCCCAUUGUUUUAAAUAUGCUUUCUUCUUGAAACCUACAAUCCACUUAUUUCUGUCGCCACAGUUUAAAAGUCAUGAUUGCGUCUUUAUCACAUUUUAAGCAGAUUGCACUGGUCAGGUUUCAAGGGUAUUUCAGGGAAACGCGGCUUCAUUGCCGCUACGUUUAACUUGAGCAACUCCUAGCCGUCUGCAGUGAUCAUACUGUGCCCAUGAGAAUCUGUCCCAAGUUUUAAUUUUUUUUGAUUGUCCUGUAUGCAGAAUUGUAAUGGUUAUCAAUGGAACAUCUACUGAAGCACUUAUGAAGCUUCAAGCCAUUGAAUAUUAACAUGAUCAUUUGAUGUUGCUAUAUUGUCUGUCUACCAGUAUUAAACUCUGCAUGUUGUCAGAUCUACAUAGCAUACCAUAGAGGUAAAGCUAAUGUAGUUAGCAAGGAGGAGUUCAACUCUGCAUUGCCUUUCCUUUAAAUCUACCGACUUUCCCUAUGGGAUUAAUUAAAGCUAUUCAAAAUGUGACUUAUUUGUGCUGUAAUAUAGCACUAAUAUCAAUACUGGUCAUGCCAAUGUUUCAGUAAGAAUCCCAUCCAAACUAUUGCCUUCCAAGCAUCAUUUGUACAGUUUCAUUUUGUUUUUGAAUCCAGAUAUAAAUAGAGCAUGUAUAUGAAUAUAAUACCAGUUUUGUAUCAAUUUUGUAGCUGAUGAAAAACGGUUUGAUGGAAGGCUUGGGUGUGGUUUAAGUAAAGGAAUGUUUUUGUGAUUGUUGUAAAUGUAAGACUCUAUAAAGUAACUGACAUGGAUUACUAAGAUUCCACCCCUUUCUGGAA